UCUUGGUGCAUACACACAUAAGUGUAAGGUAAAAGGCCGGGUCAACCAAAAAACAUUAUAACCAAAAGAAAGACAAUGAACAUAAGACAAGUAGAAAACCGGCGGUUGUCAUGGCGAGUGGCUAUCCUAGCCAUGGUGGUGGUGGUCAUAACCAUGUCGAACCAAGUGACAUCACAAGUUUCUCAGCCGACUGAUUUCAAUAGCACGCUGAUGAAAAAUUAUUGUAGUAUGUAUAAACCGACGCACGAAGUGUAUUUUUUGAGCAACCUUAACGCGACACUUACUAGCCUUCGUCGGCAGUUAACCACCAGUGGCUAUUCUGCAGCACGAACUUUGAUCAACGGUGAGUCGGUUUGGGGGCUUGCUUGGUGUAGAGGAUAUCUUUCAAUUCCAGAUUGUUUGAAUUGCUUCGACUUUGCUGUUAAGCAAUUAAAAUUGUGCGGGGUCGUUAAUGGCGCUCAUGCUAUUUACAGCGACUGUGAUGUCAGGUAUGAGGCUAAUAACUUCUACACCGAGGCUAAUAAUCGAGCUGGUGUUGUAGUAUGUGACAAUGUAACAUCACCUGAUGAGCCAACAGAGUUUCGAAAGGCAGCUGAAAAGUUAUUAUCAGACCUACAAACUGCUGCCCCAAGAGCACCAAAAUACUAUGCACUUUCUGAAAGGAAACUACCUGAUGGUAGUGCAACUGUGUAUGCAAUUGCCCAAUGUAAUUUAAACGUAAGCCAGAGUAUUUGUUCAGAAUGCUUAAAGCUGAGAUCGAGUUCUCUAUAUGCUUGUCUCCCUACUAUUUCUGGACGCGCAAUGGAUAAUGGAUGCUUCAUGAGGUAUUCCAGGACUCCGUUUUUUGGACCAAACCAAACGACUGAUAUUUCAUCUUUCCUUUGGGAUGAGGAUUCAAACAAGAAAAGGUCAAUCAUUGGGGGAGUUGUCGGGGGUGUAAGCUUUUUGUUUCUUGCUGUACUUGCAUUUUUUCUAUGGUACCGAAGAUCUAAAAGGAUGGGUAGAGGCCAUGAAGAUAAAUCCACUGGAUCAACGGAAUUGCUUCAAGGUCCAGCAGCAUAUAGUUACAAUAAUUUGAAAGUAGCGACAAAUAAUUUCAGCGAUGAAAACAAACUUGGAGGAGGGAUUUUUGGAGAAGUGCAUAAGGGAACUCUUAAGCAAGGAGACGUGGUUGCAAUUAAAAGAAUCUUUAUGCCCUCUAGCAGAGGAAAGACGCACUUCAAUGAAGAACUUAAGAUCAUAAGUAAUGUUCAUCAUAGACAUCUUGUCCGUCUUCUUGGAUACUGCAGCAAAGGCCCGCAGUUAUUUCUUGUCCAUGAAUACAUGGAAAAUGGAAGCCUUGAUCAAUUCCUCUUUGAUGAUAAAUCGAGGACUCUAAAUUGGAGACAACGAUUUGAAAUAAUCUUUGGGACGGCAAGGGGUCUUGCAUAUCUGCAUGAACAGUACCAUGUUACCAUCAUCCAUAGAGAUAUAAAAACCAGCAACAUUCUACUUGAUAAUGAACUUCAGCCCAAAAUUGCAGAUUUCGGGCUAAUAAGACUACUACCAGAUGACAAGACUCAUCUCAGCACUGAAUUGGCAGGGUCCUUGUCCAGUGGUUAUGUAGCACCCGAAUAUGCUUUUCAUGGGCAUUUAUCUACUAAAGUUGAUACAUACAGCUUUGGGAUAGUGGUCCUUGAAAUCAUUAGUGGAAAGAGGUACAACGAUGUCAUAAACGACAAUUCAGUUGCUUCGAACCUCCUUGAUCAUACAUGGAAUUUAUAUGAGAAUGGCACACAUAUAAGUCUAGUAGAUGACAAAAUGGAACCUAGUGAAUAUUUAGAGGAAGAUGCGAAGAAAAUCAUAGAGAUAGCGUUGAUGUGCACCCAGUCACCGGUUGCAGCCAGACCAUCAAUGUCUGAAGUGGUUACUCUUUUGAGUGACAAGUCGGUUGCUGAAAAGCCGCCAGUAAGGUCUUCCAUUCAGGAUGAUGAGGUGAAAAUUUACAUAUCUACCAUGGAUUCAUCGAUAACCAAUGCUACUGACUCCACCGUUGACCUUUCUGGGCGUUAAACUUUAUGUUAAUAAAACGUUUUCUUGUUUUAUGGUGUAUGAAAUUUUCAAAUAAGAAAAAUAAAACUGCUAGUAUUAAUAUUA